ACUAGAGCUGGGUUUGCAAAAACUAAUUUUGGCUGGGUAGAUAUCAGACUUUCCUAUGCAUAACGAGAUUAAAUAGUUUCUCAGAGAGCUGCAAACAAAAUGCCUGGGAUAGAAAAACUUCAUCUGGAGGAUGCCCUGGAAGACAGUCCGCAGACAAGACGUUUGCUGGGGGUGUUUGAGAAAGAUGCAAUGAUAUUGAAAAAGUACACGACUACAUUAUUUAAUUCCUGCCAGAGGAUAUUAAAUGCACAGAAUGAACUCUGUUCUGCCACGCAAGCACUUUCUCAGCACUUGUCGGCUUAUGAGAAACAGGACUUCCCAUUGGAAUCAGAUGACAGUAUUUUAAGCUCCACCCUUAAACAGUUUUCAAGUUAUCUGGAUGAUGUCAGUUCUCUUCAGCAAGUGUUAGCCACACAAUUAGCAGAUGGAAUGAUGUACCCAUUGACAAAGUUUCUUCAUGCAGAUAUGGAGGAAAUAUCCAAUAUGUAUCAAAUGUUUCGGAUUUGCACAUCAGAACAUGAACAAGCUUUGACCAAAUUCACAAAAUUACCAAAGAAAAAAGACAAUGAAAGACAAAGACUUGAUGCAAAUGAAGAAUUGUAUGUGAUGAGAAAGAAAUUCCACCAGACAGCCUUGCAUUAUUAUUCCGCCCUGAACAGUCUGCAGUACAAGAGGAAAUGCUUCCUGCUUGAACCCAUUGUCGGCUACCUUCAUGCUCACAGAGCAUUUUUCCAAAUGGGGGGUGACGCCAUAUGCAAAUCAGAAAUAGAUGAAUUCUUGAGCAACAUUUCUGCUAGUGUUCAAGGUGUACAACAGGAAAUGAAUGAAGAUACACAAAAGGCUGUAGAACUGAUGGAUUCAGUGGAACACCAGAGUUUACACCUGUACCAUGCAGAACCCAUGCAGGACAUGCCCUUUAUCCCGCCAAACACAAAUCUGGUGCAGAAGUCAGGGUACUUAUACCUGAGAAGUAGACAGGCUUUAAUAGCUUCAAAGUGGGAGAGAUUGUACUUCUUUACACAAGGUGGAAAUUUAAUGAUGCAAAGCAAAGAUGAGGUGGCCGGAGGUCUCCUGAUGGACCUUAGUGAGGAGGGCGCGUCUGUAGAGCCAACGGAUUCUGAUGAUAGACGAUUCGUCUUCCAACUCGCGUCAGGGUUAAGCAAAAAAUCUGUGAUACUUCAAGCUGUAAAUGAAAGAGAACGAGAUGAAUGGAUUGCCACUUUAAGAAAUAUAAUAAAAGAUGCUGCAUUAUCGAGAAGCAAGCAAACAAGAAAGGAACGCUCUGCUAGUGUUGGUAGUCACCGAAGUCAGAGCUCAAACUCUGCUGAAGCUGGCUCCCUGCAAGGUUCCAUCGACAGCUCAGCGGAGGGCGCUAAGCUGGCUUCGUCCCCAGCCACCUCCCCUGCCCGUCCACAUCCCCACUUCUUGCUGGACACACCCAUACAGUUUGACAUGAUAUCACCCACCAAAGAAGUGACACCUGUUGUCGCGGAUGGACCACCAAAACGUAUCAACCCUUUUGAUGAGUCAUCAGUGGAUGUAAUGCAUGAGACAGCUGGGGAAAAUGCAGCAUUUUCGCAGCCAUUUACUGUUCGAUUCUGUGGGUCAAUGGAGGUAAACUCAGAUCGAGGCGAGGGCCUUGUUUUAGCCACUAUAAGACAAAUCAUGGCUGCUCGAGCAAUCCACAAUGUCUUCAAAAUGACGGAGUCUGUCUUGUUGGUGACAAACGAGUGUCUAAGGUUGUUAGAGCCAUCGACCCAUAACAUCCGGAUAGAGUUUGCGCUUCAAGACAUUGCUUUCUGGUCACCUCAUAAAGACAACAAAAGGUUGUUUGGGUUCAUUACUCGAAGUCGGUCCGAUGGACCUGCAUCCUAUGCAUGUCACGUGUUUGAAUGUGAUAAAUCUGGUGAUGAGAUUUGCCAAGCUAUAAGUACUGCAACACAAAUGGCUUAUCAAGCAUAUAUGGAAAAACGGGCAUCCGAAAAGAAGAAGACAAAAGAAAAGAGUUUACUGCUGGCCAACAUUGACCAGCUGGAGGAUCGGAAAGGUGAUCGUGUUAACAGCUUUUUGGAAGCCGGAGAAGAGGUAGUGCUUGGGGAUGAUUCAGAGGUGUCUCCUCCACUAAGCCCAGAUGGGAAAUAUGUCCUUCUGGACCAGUCAGAUCCUCACUUCAAAGCACCAGAUGUCAGCAAGCCUCCUUCCAGUGACAUAGAAGGGAAGGAUGUCAGACAAGUGGAGGGUGCUGAGAGAGAGUCUGAAGCUUAGUGACAGAAGCAUGUGAGUAAUAUCAGCCUCUGUGUGGACAUUUUGUGUAGACAACUGAGGUAAAGAUUCAGUCACAAGGAGGAGAGUGUGAUAGGGAGGACACAUUUUCUGAAUAUCUCCAAAACUGUGUGUCUAUUGCUGGGAGUAUGAUUACUGUUGCCAAGGCAAUACAUUCUACAGAUCCUCGAGUGACAUGUUGAUAGGAGAAUAUUUUAGUCGUGGAACUGUUCGCUAUAAAUACAUUGUAUGUAAUUAUUGUUGAGUUUUAAAAAUGCUUUGCUUUUAAAAAUGUUUUGCUUAUCUCUUUUUAAUAAUAACCUUAAAUGUCAUACAAUGCUAUCCUGCCUGGGUGCUGUCAUAUUAUCUCCAUCAGAGAAAAUGUGGAUACAGCCCAACAGAAAUGCCAGUUCAUAGCUUUUUUAGGAUAGAUGUCUGAAAUCAGAUUUUUACUGUACAUUUACAUGUAUGACACCAAAGUUGGCGUUAGACAUGUGCAUAUACUUAUUGGAAGGUGACAGAAUUAUACUACUCCAAUAUACAUGAAAUGAUGUAUUAAAAUGUGAUUUAUUUUAAAGUUUAAAAAAUAAAAACUGGUUUAUCCCCUUAAUUAAUUUUGAUGCAAACAUGUUUUCUCCGUUAGCAUUACAUCAUGUGAAGUUUCUGACUUCAUCUGAUUUGCAUAUUAAUAGGCUAGGGUACUAUAUAAACAAGUCACACUUUUUUUUUUUUUUUUUUAACCAAAAACAUGUGGUUUUGUAGGAAGGUGAACACUUAUGUGGCUCUUUCUGUUCAGGUGCAUGAAUACAUUAAGCUCACAAAGUUAUGAAAACAAAGUUUUAGAAGUUGCAUGUGGAUAUGUAAAACACCUGCUGAUGAAAUCAGUAUAGAAUACAAUGCAUAUUACAUUUUUUUCUGUGCAAAUAUCACAAGGUAUUUUAUUUGUGUCCUUUGUUUUAUUUAUUGAAAUGGCUAUUUGUUUUGUUGAUGGCAUGCUUUAUAUAUCAUGCUUGAAAGUUAAGAAAUUACUUUAAUAUGGAAAUGUACAUGUAUAUCACAUCACAACACUGGCUUUGUAUAGGAUUGCAGCUUGUAAAUCAGUUUUAUGGACUGCAAAAAUGGCUAUUUUAUGUAUGAACAUUUAAGGAGUUGUGGUGAAUAAACUAUGCUCAAAUUCGCAAUAAAGUGUUUAGGUGAGAGGACUCUUUGAAUGAAACCUUGUAAAAAAAUCUAAAUAUAUGGGCAUAAUUUUUACAUUCUGUAAAUGAUCCAGUUGAUUUUAUGUGUACAGAUAGGUGUUGUAAAUAUGUUGUUGUUUUUUACCAACACAGGGAUGUACAUUUCAAUUUCCCAGGUUAAUAAUAAAGGUGAGCUGUUGGUUUACGUUGUGCACCAUGAAGUAGUUGAUUUUAUCAACAAAGAAAGUUGGAGAUUUGUGCUUUUACCAGUUCGUUUUUUUAUAAUCCUGCUCUUUGCCUGUGUUAUAAACUGAUACAUCAAACAAGCUGUAAGAGUCUGUGAUUCAGAAACAAAACUGCUGUGUCAUAAUUCAUGGGCAUAACAUAUUUGUUUUGUCUUGCUGUCGCUCUUCCCUACCAUUGCUUUUCUGGAGUAUUACUAACGUUCAUGAAGCACUGUAGUUAUGAAAUAAAGUGGGCUCCAUGAAUCUAAACAUA